CUGAUCAGUUUGGCUGAUCCUAUCUCAUGAAAAGAUCGUCUGAGGCUAUCCAUUUCAUAGUCAAGCUUCCACUCUUAAUGGAUGCCAUAUUUGUGUUUCAACCCUGGACUAUGCUAAUAUAAGGAGAAACUCAGAACUUUGUUCUGUAAGGAGACAUGUACUUCUCAAAGGGAGCAAAUAAAUAUGCUGCAGCAGCAGUUGAUUGCUGAAAGGGAGAAGUUAAAGGGACUAUUUUUGCGCCUCAAGGCUGAUGGGGUUGGGUACCCCUGUCCCGCAUUAAUAUGCUUGGCUUUCCAAAAAAAAGUUAUAAAUAUCUUACAUGUUUUCGGAAUUUAUUUUCCUUUGACAGAAUUAUCGCAAUCCUCUUUCACUUGUGAAUGGAAGGAAGGUAAGAUUUUCAUAUUGCUUCUUUGAGUUAAAAUUUGAUGUAAGGGAGAACCUUAAUUGGUUUUGUUUGGCAAGAUUUAAUAACUUGGGGGUGUGCAGUCGGUUCUUGAGUUUUUUCUCCCAUUUUUCUUCCUUUUCUCUCUGUAUUGCUCCUCUCUUUCUUUAGUUGCUAGAUGGUGUGUUAUUUAAAUUUACUCAGAUUGUUAUUUAUGAAAUAGUUGGAACUUCGUUAUGUUGCCACUAGACCUCGACAGGGUGUCUCAUUUGAUACACUCUUCUUGUUUGGUCAUGCAUUGAAAGAAGCAUAUCAGUUAUCUCUAGACAAAAGACAGUGAUUUCUAAUGUUAAUAUGUUUACUUCUUGGUGUCAAACCAUAGUUACUCAAAUUCUCAAUCCCUCCAUGUCCAAUUGUUCCAGUUUCAGUUUACUCUUACAAUCCUAUGUACCAGAAGGCUUAAAUUGUUAGAAUGUACAAAACUUUACUAGGAAUUAAGUCAAGGGUAUCGUAAAGUAAGAACUUGAUUACUCAAUCCCUAUGAUAAGCCUCUGAUUUGCAAUGUGAUACUAUAGCGAUGUGAUAUACUUAAUUCAGAACUUAAAUCUUAGAAAUCCUCUCUAUCCCAUAGUAUGGAUAUUUAACAUGUGAAGAUAUUUUUGCUGCCAUGCAAGGGAUGCAAAUGAUGCAGAUUUUGCAAAAAACAUAGAAUUGUUUGUAUUUUUUAUUUUUCUAUUCCAGCAUAUUAAUGCUGAUUUUACACUAACUUAUCAUUUUAUGGAAAGGUACUCUCAAACUUGGGCUCCUGUUGUGUAAGUAAAUCUACUACUUCUUAUUCUUCAGUUACUAUUCCUAAAAGACCUCCAAUCAUGUUGCGCCACCUGUCUUUCUUUUCUUUUCUUUUUUUCUUCUUUUUUCAGAAACGCCUGAAACGACAUCGUUAACCUCACCAGCACUCUUUCUCAGCAUGUUUUACUCUUCAUCUGGGAGAGGAGAUCCCAACCCUUCAUCCUCGAAAUCUGACGGUCAAUGUAAUCUGAACCCUUUUCUUAUUUUCUUCUCCACUGUCGUGUCGUUCUUUCCCUGAAAAGAUGGGAAAGGGGCUACCCGCCGUCCCUUCCGUCCCCCUACGAUUACAAAUCAAGCCUCUUCCAGAUUUCGUGGGAUUGUGGCGUGUGGAAAGAGAUCGAUUUAACCCUUCCCAGCUGGAUUUGCUUCUCACGGUCCACAAUAUUUGCUUCUCCCCGAUUUUCAGCGGCUUUCCAUGCCUUCUCCGGUGGCACCCAUCACAUCCCGCCGUAAAAAAUUUCGUAGGUAAGUUGUGGUAACAGUGUACCUGCUGAGUGAUCCUACUAGAUUUUGGAUUUCAUCAACGAUUUGCUCUAAAUUUGGUGUUCCAUUCGAAUUUUUUAAGUUAUCUUAUUGAUGAUGUCCUAUUUUAGGGGGAUUCGGCAGGGUUAGGUUUGUAGAUUGAGGGUUGUAGUGGGAAGGUUUUGUAGAAGUUCUUCUCUUCCGUGUUUUUUCCUCAGAUUGAGUUGCCGAUAAAUAUUCCCACCACCCUCAUUCAACCAUAUUUCACCUUCCCUUCCAAUUGUUAUUUGAUUCCUGGUUGUUGCAGAAAAUCAGGAGAUUGGGUGUCAAUAUUUGGUCUCGAUGCAGAAAAUUAAAUACUGCAUACACUUGGCUUUUUUAGUUACAGGUCUGUUUUUAGUUGUGACACCUCUUCUUGCUAAAGAUUAUUUUCUUGGUUUAUGUUGACACUACCAGUAUGGGUGUUCAUGGUUUAAUUAAUAACUUGUGAUUUUGUGAAGUACCAAUUGCUUUGAUCAAAACUGCUAUAACCAAACCAUAAUAUAUGGUUCUGAGAUGAGCAUUGGCAUAUGGGGUGCAGAUUGGUCUAUUUAAUUUCAGUGCUUCUAUUCCCUAUGAUUGUUCUCAUAUAGUCAUAUUAUAUCCUUAUAAUUCCUACAGUGCUUAUGUUGUUUUGAUCUCUUUCUCUUCAUUUCUUACUUUCUUAAUAUUUUUGGUAGCAGAGUUUUUCUCUUAAUUUCUACUGAUUGCUCUACUUGUAUUUUUUGUGUGUCCAGACAACUGUGCCACGGAGUACUCUGUAUGAUCAUUUGAUAAACAUAUGGGAAUUUAAUCUUGGCCUGGUUCCAGGAACUUGCAAUCUUUAUUUUUUGGUGGAUUUUAAGUUUCAGUCUCCGCUUUACAGUCAGGAAAUUAUAACUGGUUCAUGUCAUACAAGUGUUGUGGAUUGGUGAGCUCUUGUUUUCAGUUGUGGACUAAGUAAGGAAAUGCAAGCUUAGGAAAAUAUUCUUCAUACUAAUUGGAUGAAAGAGAUUUAUGGAGAGUCAUAUGCAAUUGGCUAUGCUUGGGCCACUACUCAGUAUGAAGAAGACUUAUUUGGGGGUAAAAAGGAAAAGGGAUAAAAAUAAAACAGUUCCUUCAAUAAUCUGAAGAUUCUGACGAUGGUGAUAUGGACUUUGGUCCACUGUUAGGAAUCUGGGUUCCUAACAAAAUGGUCCGACCUACCAGAUACGCUUUGCCGGAUGAUCUUCGCCGGAACCAGCAAACCAAGACCCAGAUGGAGGCGAGAGUUGGCGCGAUGGCGAAUGAGCUCGCGGAGAUGUGCACAUCGCUGGCUGCAGUGGCACUGGCUGUCAAGGAUCUUCCUGCGACGAUUGCUGCGAUGCUGGAAGCUGCGCCGGAGAAAGAUUCAGCGAUGGAAGAAGUGAUUCCGAACCUCACCUUUGAAUCAGAGGGAAGAAUUUUGCUGCAAACGAAGGGGCUGAGUACUGGUCUUCGGAAAGAAUUACAGAAAAUAGGGAAAGGAGCCGAAAUUGGUUCCCAAUUUGUCGAUUUAGGGCUCGAAGGUUCGAGAAAUCCAGAAUCGGGGAAGAAGGGAAGCAAGAUCUUGCUUUUCCCAAGCGAAGGAGCAAUUGCAAAUGAGGCAGUACCGGAAGCCACCAUGCGACCGCCACAAAAACCGCCAGAUUCAGAUCUGCACACGGCGGCGUACCCAGCGCAUGUGGCGGCGAGAUUAGAGGCCCACGGCGCACCGGCGGCGGAGGCGCGAGAGGACGCAGCUGUUGGAGGCUCACAACAUUUCAAUGCUAGAGGUUUGGAACGUCAGGAGCAAAUCAAAGCUGGGACUCACCUUUCUCAUGGGCCAAGCCCAACUUUCAAACUGGUGGAAGUGGGCCAAGCAAAGGAUUGGGCCCAAAUGGCAAUGAAGACACACGGGCAUAACCAUGAAGGGAAAACAGAGUCUUUUACUCCUGCGUUAAUCUCUGGUUUCCCCAUAGUUCAAGCAACAAGUGCUGAAUUCAAUGAAGGAUUCAAAGUUCAAGCAACAAGUGCUGAAUUCAAUGAAGGAUUCUUGACUCCUUCAUCAUCUUCACUGGCUUCACCAUCUUCACCGACGGAAUUUGAGGCUGAUACAUCUUUUUCUUCGCCAAUUUCUGAUUCGGUGGACAUGGAUAUGGUGCAAGAAUCAAGUGUUGAGAUUGAAGGCGUGGUCGCUGUAGAUUCAUCCUCACCGCCAUACCUUGAUGCCGCUACUCUUGAUUCGACUUCUCUUUCAUCAAUUUGUGAUUCACACACGAUGCAAGCUUCAUCUCUCUCGUUCUUUGCUGACCAAGAACUCGAAUUUCCGGAGUGGAAACCAAAGGUUGAGGCUUUCAAUUUUGGUACCAUCGACAAUGGUUUCUCUGAUUUCGACAAGGAGGGAACACCUAUCGUGAAGGUUGUUGAUUCAGACUUUGUGUUGCAUUCGCAUCUCCUUGUUUCCAUUGCUGUAGAUGAAAGGGUUUAUGAGAAGACCUAUGAUAACCUGCAUUUCUCUUUCUUCGCCGAUCGACGUCUUCAUGUUCCGCCAGGGAAACCAGCAACAGAUCCUUUCAUCUUUGGCACUUUCAACAAGGACUUCUUGGACCCUUCUCCAUUCUCUGCACUUCAGCCACUUGAGUUUGUCGCGAUUCAUACUUGUGCUCCUAUCAAAGACACACAAGUCAUGGAGGCUGGUGGUGAACUAUCUUUAAGGACAGAAAGAUUUUUCAUGAAAAAUUUGGUGGUGUAGUGUUUGUUGUGCAAUCGCUAGUUUGUUUUCAUCACCAGUUUUAGCAACUGAGUUCUGUCAAGAACAGCUGAGGGUGCAGCCUUGUGGUAAGGAAAGAAGAACCACAGAAUAUCAGAUUGUGACUCUAGUCAUUGAUUUUUCACCAAUAGAUAAUGGGUUGGUAUUGAAGGGAGACUACUUCACAAUAUGUUUAGAAGAUCAUAUAACUGAGAUUGUUCUUCCGCCUUUUCCAAUGGAUACCUUGAAGAUGGAAAAGCAUGAUGGUGUGUCCCUUAAGGAUGUGGAAUUUUUCUGGAAUACUCGUGUUUCUCACCAUUCAAUCCCUUGUGAGGUAACUGAGAUAUCAUCCACGGGGAGCGUAAUGGAAGCAGUAGAUGGUGGUUCAAUGCUACUUCAACCACUUUGCAUAAACUGGAUUUGUCCCCAUGAUGAAGAAAGUUCGCCCAACACAUUAUGCAUAUGGUACUCUUUCCGGUUGCAACUAUGGGAUCCGGGUAGAAGCUGUAUUGAUCACUUGUGUUUUUGUGGCAGAAUUGUUCAUUGCAGUGGCUGGUAUUCUGAUGAGGUGACUGAAAUGAGGGUUGUGUGCCAACUAUCUUUCGAUUCUGUUUUUGUUUUUGAGGGAUUUGAAUGGGUCUUCAUCAAGCUCAUGGCUCUUAGAGAAAAUUCAGUUGUGACCCGUGAUUGUCCCCAGCUGACUGCUCCCUACUAUGGCCCUUAUCCUAUAAUUCAAAGGAUUGGCGCGGUGGCUUAUAGAUUACAAUUACCUGAAGGAGGCCGCGUGCACCCUGUUUUCCAUGCCUCAUUGCUUAAAGAAGCAGUUGGAAACAAUUCUGUGGAACUACAACUUCUAGAUCACUUGACAGGAGAAGAAGUGGCUAGUGUGCAUCCUUUUUCAGUAAUUACUAGUCGCUUCACUACCAGACAGGAAUCUACACUUCCUCAGGUCUGGAUCCAAUGGCAAGGCAAACCUGCGGAUGAACCAACAUGGAAGGACACUCUUAACAUCAGAAGCCAAUUCCCUGUUUUCAACCUUGAGGACAAGGUUGAUCUUUCAGCAGGUGGUAUUGUUAGACCCUGGGAUUUCCAAGCAGGCCCAAAUGGCACUUAUGAGCCUUUGAUCCAUCAUUCAACCAAGGAAUAUGGAUAGUGUAUUCUAGAAGGGGCAAAGUGGGGAUUACUAGCAACUACCUAACAGAAUAGAGAGAGGAAUAUGAUUGUAAUAGGCCAUUAUAUAAGAAGGGAAUGGAGAGGUUGAGAGGUCAUCUUUGGAUCAUUGAGUUGUAGAGAUGAGUAGGAAGCUCUAAGCUUCCUAUAGGAGCUAGGCUCUGUGUCAGAUUUGGGAUACCAUUCCCUCUCUGUAUUUCCAUUUGCCCAUCAAAUAAACAAUCUGUUCAUUUUAUUUCUUGCAUUUAUUUUCAAGGUCCACUGUUAGGAAUCUGGGUUCCUAACAUUUUCAUAGUAUCUAAGUUGUGUUCACUUUUUUGUAUGUAUUUGUAAGGUAUGAAGAAGACUUAUUUGGGGGUAAAAAGGAAAAGGGAUAAAAAUAACACAGUUUCUUCAAUAAUCUGAAGAUUCUGACGAUGAAGGUGAUAUGGACUUUG